AUGUCAGAAGACGAGACAGACAAGGUAAAAAUCAGAGCAACGGAAAGCUUUCAAAAUGACAAGCAAAAUAUUCCUUGGUUGAAUGAAGAAUUGGCCAGUCCUAUCUUACAACCUCUUGGAGACUCAGAUAACCAGCUUACAAGUGAAAAACAUAAAGACAAGAAACCUAUGAAAGGUAUUAUGAGUUCAGUGUCGGAAUUCAGCAUCACAGACGCUCCAUCCAAGGACACCAAAAAUGAGAAGAAAUUGUCAGACUCUAGUACAUCAUCAUUAUCUUCCCUUGAGAAGUGCAGGACACAAUUCACCUAUAUUGAAAAUGAUGCAUCAGUUCAUCAGAGAGACAGUGACGAUGAAUGUGCAUCACUUAUCCUGGCCUGCUUGUUCUGCCAAUUUUGGGACUUUCUUAUAAUGCUGCCUAAUACCUGUGAAAAUUGGUCGAUAAAUAUGUGCUGUCCAUCCUAUAGAUAUCACCAUACCUCCAGUGAAAACCACUCCAACAAUGACUGCAACUGUGAGUGUGACAUUGAUUGCAGCAUUUUUGAAUCCUGUCACGAAACCAGUGAAUGUCUGGAACUUGCCUUGGAGAUUUCUGAAGUCUGUUAUCACUAAUAGGAAACAAUUGACAGAAUUCCCAUAAACUAUCUGAACGGAAACUGACACAGUAAAAAGGAUAUACAAUUUUUUAAAAUAAUUGGAGUGUUUGCUAACCAGGGCUGUGUGUUUUCUCUGAUGUCCCUUUGGAAGAACUGUAUAGCAUUACCAAUGAAAAUUUUGUUUGUAUGAUUUCACAAAUCACUGAAGCCAAUAAAGAAUGAAACCCUGUUUCCUACCUUGCAACAGAUGAAAACAAAAUUCCUAAAUACCAGCUGUGCUAAUUGCUUUGCUCAGGGUCAGUCUCACUCUUUUAUAAAGCUCUCCAUUGCAUUCAACAUGGAUUUCCCUCCAUCCACAGACAUAAGACAAAUUAGGAUAUUCUUUUAGGAAUGAUAUAUAUUAAGUCUUCUUCCUAAUGGAUUAUUACAAAAAUAUGUAUUACACAUUGUUGGGUAUUAUUAAUAAUGUAU